AUGUCUGAGGUACGGCGGGCUCGUCACUUAGAGGGCGAACAGCAGAAUGAGUACGAGCAGGGUCGCAAGCAUGCCAUGGACCUCACCGAGGACAUCCGCAAAGAUCGUCCCGAGCCUCUUGAGGGGAUAAGACCAAUGCAGGCGGCUGAAGACGACACCGACUUCCCCAACCAGGAAGAGAUGGAGGCCAUGUUCGAAUCUGUCCGCAGGCUGCGGGACAAAUUGGACUUGGAAGCCGACUCAGUGGUCCGCCAAAAGACGGCACGACAAAUUACGGCGCAAGAAGAAAGAAAAGAAACAUCGAACAUGCAGGCAGAGGACGAACGCCGGCUCGAGGAGGAUUUCCUGCUCGCUCGCGCUCUAUCCGAGAUUGAGAACGAGAUGGAAGUAGCGUUAGAAUGGAACACCUCUCAACUUCCAACCAGACCACGACGCCGUUGCCGAGAACCCAAUCCGUUCCGGUGGUUCAAAAGGGCAUUGAGACUUGCGGUCAACCAUUUGCCGGCUCCGAGCUCUGAUAGGACUGGACACGCAAGCAGAACUCCAGGAAAAGAAAUGUCGCCAGCUGCGGACCUGGGCACCCUCUCAACGAGUUUGAAUAUGGCAAGAAACCUGCAAAGGACGUGGAGACAAGAAACUCACAAGCAUGAAGGCGUCACACGUCAUGCUCAAGAAGAAGCCGGCUCCAGGGAACGACGAACACGUCGAGGAGUGGAGCGUCACCGUCGUGAGGGAGGAAAGCCAAUUCAGGCAGAGCAAAUGGGACAAGAGGAGCCACGGAGGACGCGCCUGGCCAGCACGGCCAAGUGUAGCGCCUGUAUCGAGCUUCUCCCAACACACCAAAUGUGUCGAUUGGAGUGCGAGCACUACUACUGUCGGCCAUGUCUGGAGACAGCCAUCCAGACGGCAGUCAAGGAGAAGAGGGCCUUUCGAUGCUGCAGCAAGCAGGCCGAGCCCGAUGUUGUUGGCCGGUGGCUGCCCGCACGAAUGUACAACGCCUACACCGCCGUAGUCGAGGAACUGUCCACACCCGACCCGACAUACUGCCACAGCUGGCUGUGCUCGGCCUUCAUACCCACGGCACACUACGUCGGCGAUACAGCCCGGUGCCCGCGCUGCUCGAGCGUGACCUGUCGGCUGUGCAAGCAGAAGGCGCACGGCCGCGUCGUCUGCGAGCAGGACGCCGCGGGCCAGGCGCUGCUGGGCCUGAGCGAGACCCGGAAGUGGAUGCGCUGCCCGCACUGCAAGACCAUGGUCGAGCGCUACUCGGGCUGUCUCCAUAUGACCUGUCGGUGCGGCACCCAGUUUUGCUACAACUGCGGGAGGUAUCGGUGGCUGUGUCGAGGGUCGAGAUGUAUGCGACGGUGA